AUGCCUGUUUGGGUUUCAUUGCUGAUGGAUUUUCUCAACUCACGGAAAGUUUACGAACCAGAAAAGCUCACGGCAAUAUUUCGCUUUAAUCUAUUCACAUACGCGCUCUCCCUCUCUCUCCCCCUCCCUCUCCCCCUCCCUCUCUCCCUCCCUCUCUCUCUCUCCCCCUCCCUCUCCCUCUCUCCCUCCCUCUCUCUCUCUCUCUCUCUCUCUCUCUCUAUCUAUCUAUCACUUUCGGGCGCAUUUUGCCUGCACGCUUCACUACAAAGUGACAAGCAAUCGGUCAAUUCCCUGCGGCAUUCUGCCAGUUCGUCGCCCGCUGACGUUCACUCCGAACGGGCGUGUGUUAUUUAUUUAUUUAUUUAUUUUAAUUUGAAAAUGAUUUAUACACUUUCGUUCUUUCUUUUUCUCUUUGUUGUUUUUGUUGUGCUCAUUCAUUCGUUCAUGCAUUUUUUUUCUCAACCCCUUUCUGGAUAUACAUUAUCGAUUAUUGAUACCUUCUCUUUUACUAUCAUUCUCUUUAUCCUUUUCUUUCUUUCUCUUUUUAUUUCUAAUCUUUCUUUCUUAUCUAAUCUAAGCCCGUCUUUUCAUUCUUUCUUUCGUUAUCGCUUCUUUCUUUCUUUCUUUCUUUCUUUCUUAUUUUUCUUUCUUUCAUUCUUUCUUUCUUCUUUCUUUCUUUCUUUCUUUCUUUCUUCUUUCUUCUUUCUUUCUCUGUGA